AUGGUUGUCGAUUGUCUUAUCUAUCAUCCUACUUUAACCAAAGUAAUUAACUUCUUAGAAUCUUCUGCUCAUAGAGAAAAAUCAUUAAGAUUAUUUGCUUAUUUAUCCAGAUUCUUAAGUUAUUAUUGUUAUAAGAAAGGUUAUCCAAAAGCAACUGUUGAUUUAUGGAAUGGUUUAAAACAACAUUUGUCUUUAAUUAGAAAGGCAAUGAGAUUCUUAAAACCUUUAAGCCAUUUACAAACUGCUUCAAAGACUUAUGAUAACAAAUUAUUAGAUCCAUUUGUACAAACUACAAGUAUUUUGAGAAGUUUAUUCUAUGCUGGAUAUUUAACUUUUGAUGGUUUGAUUUUAUUAAAAAUGUUAGGUAUUAUAGAUAAAAAGAAAUACCCAAAUAUGGCCAAGAAUGCCAGUAAAUUUUGGUUAUUAGGUUUAGCUGCUGGUAUUCUUAAUUCAUUAAGAAUUAUUCAAUGCUAUAGAAACACAACUGCAGAUGAAGAUGAAAAGAAACAAGCUAAUGCUGCUAAAUUACAUCAAGCUAGAAGAAAAUUAGUUUGGGACUUGUUGGAUGCCUUCGUUGCUGCUAAUACCUUGGGAGUCUUACAUUUCACUGAAGGUGAUAUUGGUUUUGCUGGUGUAAUUACUUCCAUAUUAGGAUUACAAGAUAUGUGGCGUGCAACGAAAUAA